CCGGCCGCGGCCGGGGGCUGCUGGGGUGUGCGGAAGGGGCACGGUCCGUCGGGCGUUUUGCUCUGGUCGACUGCGCCUUUGGGGCGAGAGGGAAGAUCCCGGAGGAGGAUGCUGGCGCGGUCGGGGCUUCCGGGACGGCAUACGGAAGGAAGCCUCCUCCUGCGCGGGAGGGUGCUCGAGAUCUCGUUGUCGGAGGAGCGAUGGCGAUCGGUCGCCGAGUCCUCCGAGUUGGAACCGAACGAGUUCGAAUCAGAGGAGUCGGAGUCGGAGUCGGAGGCGUCGUCGGAACCGGACGUGUCCGAAUCGAUCGAGUCUGGAUUGUGGUGAGGGUCCUCCUCCUGGUCGGAGUCUUCAGAUGACGACUCGCCGGGUGAACUCGAUGAUGAAGAAGAGCAGGAGGUCGUGUCCGACUCCGUUUUCACCUCUGUAUCCGAUACGAACAUCGGCGGCUCCGGACGUCGGCGUCGGCGCCGCAAAGACGAGGCGGGUCGACCGGAAUUGGAUGGGCGGCCGUCGGAAUCGGAUGAGCUAUCGGAGUCGGACGGGCUGCUACUAGAAGUGGGCGAGGUGUCGGGAUCCGACGGGCCAUCAUCAGUAGGAGUCGGUUCGGUUUCAGAAUCGGACGGGUCCGAGGUGAGCUCG